AUGAAUAAACGUAAUCAAGAUAAGGAAAGUGAUAUGAGUGAAGAAGAUAAGAAAUUACAGGAAGAAUUACUACAAGCAGUUGAUAUAUUACAAGGUAAAGAUGAAAUAGCUAUGUUGCUGUCAUUGAAUCAUCUGAGAAUGUUGAUACGUACAUCCACGACUUCGAUGACAUCCGUUCCGAAGCCUCUUAAAUAUUUGAGAAAUUUUUAUCCGAACUUGCGCAACACAUACGCAAGACUCAAAAGGGAAGAAGCAAAGAUACGUUUUGCAGAAAUCCUGAGUGUACUCGCUCUCGCUGGAGCUACUCCGGAAUCCAGAGACUGUCUGGAUUUUUGUAUCAAAGGAGCUGUGGAUAAUCCCGGGGAAUGGGGCCAUGAAUACGUGCGACAACUCGAGGCACAGAUCGUCGAUGAAUGGACGCAUGCACCGAUCAAAGAGGAGCGUGAGAUCCGAAAACGUCUUACACCUUUGAUCAAGAGCAUCAUAGCAUUCGACACGAGACACAAUGCGGAAAUACAAGCAUGUGAUUUAUGCCUGGAAAUUGACGAGCUGAAUUUUCUCGCGGAAUACCUAGAGCCUACAAAUUUUGCGCGUGUGUGCUAUUAUUUAAUUAAUUGCGCGGCUUACAGUGAAGAGACAGAAAGAAGACAAAUAUUAGAAUUUGCUACGGAGCAAUAUCUAAAGUUUAACGAGUAUACGAGGGCAAUUUUGGUAGCGCUGCAACUUGUAAAUUCGGAACUUGUUUUCAAGUGCUUCACCGCUUGUCCCGAUUCUUUGACGAGGAACCAACUAGCCUUUAUUCUCUCCCGUCUGCAAGAUCAACCUUUGAGGUCGGAAUAUCAUGGAAACGAUGCUAAGGACAUCGAGGCGAUCCUCAGCAAUGGCCAUGUAAACACUCAUUUCCAAAUUCUUGCCAGAGAGCUUGAUAUACUCGAGCCAAAGCUCCCAGAAGAUAUCUACAAGAGUUGGUUGGUAAGCGGAUUUAGACAAAUGGAACAUGAUUCAGCUAGAGCGAAUUUAGCGGCGAGUUUCGUUUCUGGUUUCGUGCACGCAGGUUUCGGCCAGGACAAGCUGAUGGCAAACACGUCGGAUUGUUGGGUGUAUAAAAAUAAGGAACAUGGAAUGUUAUCAGCUACUGCUUCUUUGGGUUUGAUACAUAUGUGGGAUGUCGACGGCGGAUUAAUUCCCAUUGACAAAUAUCUUUAUACGAACGAAGACUACGUGAAAUCCGGUGCCUUGCUAGCAAUCGGACUGGUGAAUUGCGGAAUUCGUAAUGAAUGCGAUCCGGCUUUGGCACUUCUCAGCGAGUACGUAAAAUCAAACAGCCAAAUCCUUCGCAUAGGAGCUAUCCUAGGAUUAGGUCUGGCUUACGCUGGAUCCAGAAGAAAAGAUGUCACCGAACUUCUUUCUGGAGCUUUAGUCGAUGAGCAAAAUAAUAUACAAGUGUUAUCGCUGAUUGCCAUUUCUUUGGGUCUUGUGAAUGUAGGCUCAGGAAAUUCCGAUGUAUCUUCAGCAAUCUUAUUGAAAUUAUUGGGACUAUCUAUAAAAGAACUUGUUAUUACACAUUCCAGAUUUUUGGCGUUAGCUCUAGGAAUGAUUUAUAUGGGAACUCGAGAUGCUAUAGAAACACCAUCCGCAGCCCUGGAGGCUUUGCCGGAACCAUAUAACUUUGCUUCGCAAACUAUGCUACAAAUUUGCGCAUAUGCGGGCACUGGUGAUGUAUUGAUAGUGCAAGAAUUAUUAAGGAUCUGUUCGGAAACAAUUGAGGAAGUAAUGAGCACAAAAACAAUACCUGAAAAUACUCCGAUACCAAGUUGUUGCGAUCAAAGAUCACAAAGUUUUAAAUUAGAAAAGAAUAAAAAAGACGAUAAUCAAAUCGAAGAACUUGCUAAAGACAUUGGAGUUUCACAGGCAAUAGCAUCCCUUGGGGUAGGUGUAGUUGGGCUUGGAGAAGGAAAAGAAAAUUCGAGGAUCUUUGGUCAGGUUGGAAGAUAUGGGCCAACGCCAGCGCGACGUGCUAUGCCUCUCGCAUUGGCCUUAUCCUCUCUGUCGAAUGCUGACCCAGCUGUUGUAGACGUGCUGAACAAAUACAGCCACGACAAUGACGCCGAUGUCGCUUUAAAUGCGAUUUUCGCCCUCGGUCUGGUAGGUGCAGGUACCAACAAUGCGCGAUUGGCAACGAUGUUGAGACAGCUGGCGGCUUAUUACGCGAAGAAUCCCUCUCACCUGUUCUUUGUGCGUAUUUCUCAGGGUUUGGUGCAUCUGGGCAAGGGCACUUUAUCUUUAUCGCCUUUGCGAUACUCUUCAAAAAUUUUAGACUAUACCGCCCUAGCUGGUUUGAUGGUCGUUCUCGUUGCGUGUUUAGAUUGCAGAAAUCUCAUAUUGUCUCAAUCUCAUUAUUUAAUGUACUGCUUGGCGAUCGCGAUGGAACCAAGAUGGCUGGUCACUGUGAAUGAAAAUCUUACGAAUUUACCGGUAUCGGUAAGAAUCGGUCAAAACGUGGAUGUUGUGGGGAAAGCAGGUAAUCCGAAAUCUAUUGUUGGCGGUCAUGUACAAACUACACCAGUGUUGCUGUGCACGGGCGAAAAGGCGGAAUUAGUGUCGGAUCAAUACGAGCCGCUUUCUAGUGUGCUGGAGGGUUUCGUAAUCCUUCGUGAAAAAGUAAUUUCGUAUUAG